AUGGCUCCCAUCAAGGUCGGCAUCAACGGCUUCGGUCGUAUCGGUCGCAUUGUCUUCCGCAACGCCGUCGAGCACCCCGAGGUCGAGAUCGUCGCCGUCAACGACCCUUUCAUUGAGACCAAGUACGCUGCCUACAUGCUCAAGUACGACUCCACCCACGGCAUCUUCAACGGUGAGAUCAAGCAGGAGGGCAACGACCUUGUCAUCAACGGCAAGAAGGUCAAGUUCUACACUGAGCGUGACCCCGCUGCCAUCCCCUGGAAGGACACCGGCGCCGACUACGUCGUCGAGUCCACUGGUGUCUUCACCACCACCGACAAGGCCAAGGCCCAUCUUCAGGGCGGUGCCAAGAAGGUCAUCAUCUCUGCCCCCUCCGCUGACGCCCCCAUGUACGUGAUGGGUGUCAACGAGAAGUCCUACGACGGCAGCGCCGACGUCAUCUCCAACGCUUCUUGCACCACCAACUGCUUGGCUCCCCUCGCCAAGGUCAUUAACGACAAGUUCACCAUCAUUGAGGGUCUUAUGACCACUGUCCACUCCUACACCGCCACCCAGAAGACCGUCGACGGUCCUUCCGCCAAGGACUGGCGUGGUGGCCGCACCGCUGCUCAGAACAUCAUUCCCAGCAGCACCGGUGCCGCCAAGGCUGUCGGCAAGGUCAUUCCCGAGCUCAACGGCAAGCUCACCGGCAUGUCCAUGCGUGUGCCUACUGCCAACGUCUCCGUCGUUGACCUGACUGUCCGCAUUGAGAAGGGCGCCAGCUACGACGAGAUCAAGCAGGCCAUCAAGGAGGCCGCUGACGGUCCCCUCAAGGGCGUCUUGGCCUACACCGAGGACGACGUCGUCUCCACCGACAUGAUCGGCAACCCCAACUCCUCCAUCUUCGAUGCCCAGGCCGGUAUCUCCCUGAACAACAACUUCGUCAAGCUGGUCUCCUGGUACGACAACGAGUGGGGUUACUCCCGCCGUGUCCUCGACCUCCUUGCCCACGUUGCCAAGGUUGACGCCUCCAAGUAA